AUGCACAGCAUGGUGCGGGAUGAACAAAAUGAGGUCGACGAGAAAGGAGAGCAGGGACAGCAAAAACGUGGGCAGGGACCACAGAAGCACGGCGAGCAAAAACUUGGAGGAGCUAGAGAAGCGCGGGUUGAGGAGCAGCAGCGUCAGCGUCAUUUGGACAAAGGUGAAUAUGAGCGAGAUGGGAUGCACCACAAGGAGAUAGCUGAUGCUGUGUCUUGCGUUUGA